CGCGGCCGACGGGGUAACAGCAGCAGCUGCACGACGGACGAGCAACCAACGAUUCGGGCGGCAGAGCCGUCGACGACAUUUCGCCAGACGAGUCGGGACGAGGAACCCGCGGCGGCGGCGUCGUCGUCGUCGGAGACUCGCGCGCGCCGACUAUGCGGGUUCUCGUUUUCGUCGGUGGUGGGGGGGAGGUGAGAGCGUCGUGUGGAAAGCACCGGUGGUACGACAGUCGCGGCGACCAGUCUCGUUUUGGUCGUCGUCCGCGUAGGUUCGUUCCGUGCCGACGUGUCGUGUUCAGUUCGCGUCCGCGAUACCCGCGCAACAAGAUAAUAUUACAAUAACAACUCGCGACGUGCGUUUCCGCGAAUUUUAUUUUUUCACGUUUUUCUAAUAAUUGCAAACGCAAACUAAACUAAAAAAAAUUACACAUACGUUACGCGAUCGCUUCCGUCGUCGUUUUCUCUUUUUUUUUUAAAUUUAUUGCUAUUAUGUACGUUUGGUCGCCGUCGGUCGUCGUCUGACGGGAAACGCUAGUCUUAUACCUGUACGCUCGUUAACGUCGUCGUAGUCGUAGUCGCCGAGCGUGUGUGCGAGAUGACACGCGGGCGUUCGCGCCACUUUGCGGCGGCCGCCGUGCCGUUGCUACUGACGCUGCUUACCGCGGUAGCCGACAACAACGUUACCGUGUUCCGGUGCUGCGGUCGCGGCGAGAUGCUCGACCCGACCGACGUGCACGGUCCCUGCGCCCUGCUCCCCUCGUCCCUACCGCCGGACUUCGUGCCCGUCAUCUUCGACGAGACCAGCAACCAGUUCUUGAACCCCAACGAACCGCCGCCCGCCUACUGGAACCUGGUGCACGAACGGCCGCCUUGCCGGCCCGCCGCGUUCCUGCCCGCCUCGGCGCCCCAAGACGCGCCGCGGUUCGUGUCGUUUCUGAACGGCACGCUGUUGGCCCAACACUGGCCCAAGAGCCUGACCGUGGACCCGGGCCUGUACUGCCUGGACCGGGCCGGCGCGCUGUUGUGCCUGCCCGAGGAGCCGAACAAGACGAAAAAGUGCUGCGGCCCGUCGGCCGUGUACAGCGAGGCGAACGGCGGCUGCGAGUUUUCCGGCCGGCACGACGCCGCCGACCUGCCCGAAGACAUCACUUCCGGAUUUCCGCGGUGCGAGGACGACGCGUACAUACUGUCGGGUCGCAUCAACGAGUCGCACUGGCCCGUCAGCGGCGCGUGGCCCGCCGGCGGACAGCUGCGCACCGCCGACGGCGGCACGCUCCAGCCCCGGGAAUACUGUCUGGAACGCGUGCUGGAAGACACCCAGGAACCGCGCACGUGGACCGUUUUCACGUGCGCGCCCCGGCACGGCGUCGACCACGUGACCAAGAGCUACCGCGAGGACAUCCGGUUCACGCUGUACCCGCUGGGACUGUUGCUGUCCGUGUUCUUCUUGGCCGUCACCCUGGUGGCCAGCUGCAUGCUGCCCAGCACCUAUCACGUGCUCCACUGGAAGUGUCAAGUCAACCACGUCGGCUGUCUGCUGGUCGGCGACCUGUGCCUGGCCUUCGUCCAACUGUCCGGCGACAAUUUGCGCGGACCGCUGUGCGUCUUCACAGCCAUUGUAAUGCAUUUUGUCUUUCUGGCGGCGUUCUUCUGGCUUAACACGAUGUGUUUCAAUAUAUGGUGGACGUUUAGGGACCUGAGACCCGCCAACUUGGAUAAAGGCCAAGAGGCGUGCAGACUUAGACUGUACCAGUUGUACGCGUGGGGUGUACCCUUGGUGAUCGCUACACUAGCUGCUGUAUUGGACCGUAUUCCACCAGAUCAAUACAUGUCACUGAUCAGACCUAAAUUUGGUGAACAUCGUUGCUGGUUCUAUGGUGACGCAGAAGUUCUGUCAUACUUCUAUGGACCGAUUGGUAUUUUGUUGAUGAUGAAUCUAACAUUGUUCGCGGCCACGGCCAGGGAGCUGACGUGUGGUUUAUGGAGAACCGAAGUAGUGAAAUCUACUAGCGAAAGAGCCACACUGGGCCGCGUGUGCCUGAAACUCGUGAUCGUCAUGGGCAUCACGUGGGUGGUGGACGUGCUGUCGUGGGUGAUCGGCGGACCGGACUACGUGUGGUACCUGACGGACCUGAUGAACGCCCUGCAAGGGGUGCUCAUAUUCAUUGUGGUCGGAUGUCAGCCACAGGUGUGGAUGGCCGUCAGGCGGAUGUGGUGCCUGCGCACCGACAACCCGUCGGACGGCGGCAACGCCCGGUCGUCCACGUCCAACGCGAUGCCGUCCACCGUCAACGAGUCGACGCUGUCCAAACCGGUGGAGACGCUGUGUUGAUGACCGUCGACCUCCGCACACCGCACACGCACGCACUCACGCACAGCACACGCAAGCACCACGUACACGCGAGCGAGCACCACGUACACGCGAGCAAGCACGACGACGACGACAAGCACAGACAUGUCGAAGUCGUCGUCGUCAUCAUCUUCAUCAUCAUCACAAAUAUCAUCGUGACACAGCCACUGACCACCGCCUGUUGCGGCUGCAGACUUCCGUCGUAUAAUUUGUGUGUUUAUACGAUCGAUUGCAAAGUCUGUGUGCCAUCAUUUGACGGACUCGCCGACCGAGUGUCAUCGGCGGCGUACGACGUGAUAAUCGUUAUAUUAUAAUAUUAUCCGAAAAAUCUUGCCCGCAAACGGAAUGUUUAGACUGACAAAUCUUUGUUUUAUUAUUAUAAUUUUUUUUUUUUUUUUUUUGUCUUUAACCAGUAUUAAUACAUUAAUACCGUAACGUGGUAUUUACCGCGUUACAACGAUGUAUAUAUUAUAAUAAUAUUAAGAGGAAUUUUUCACGCACAUUUUAUGAUUAUUUAUUAUUAUUUUCUCAUCGCAUUACUUACAUACGCUGCUAUAAUCUGCAGUGCACCGUGUCGUCGACGAGCUGUUAUGUGUUAAGUUCUUCUAUAUAGUCGACGGAGGACCUGCAAAGGACCAAAAAUAUACAUCAUGCACACAUGUUUUGUACAAUCGCUUCAGCGCAUUUUCUUUUGACCCAUUAUUCAUAUUGUUGACUCUUUACUGCCUAUAUAUUAUAUAUUAUUAAUUAUUAUUAUAAUGUUACGCCUAUACCGACUGUGGACAAAUCAAAUGCCCAUGAUAUUAUAAGUUAUUGAAUAUUAUAUAUUACAUUUAUUAAUGGAAUCAAUGUCGACAAAUCGUAUAAUAUUAUCAUUUUCGUAUGAAUAUCGACGACAAAACUAUUUGUAGCCCAGUAUUUAUACAAAUAUAAUAUGUAUUUUUUUUGAUUUACUCAAUACCGAUGUAAAAUUUUAGUUCAUAAUCAAUGUACCUACUCAGUUAAUUCGUAUGAUAAUAUUUUUUUUCCGAAUAAAUAAUUGAAUCUUUUGCGUUAUAUUUUUUUUUAAAACAUUAUGGAGAUUAUCCACAAUAAUAAAAUUAUGUCUACUAUACUCGUAAAUCGUAUCUUGUUCAUCUAAACACCACUAAUAUAUUUUUCAAUUUUAUACGGUCAAGAAGUUUCUUAUAAUAUGUAUGUUUAUUUUUACUUUUUGGUGAUUUGAAAUGAUUUACUGUGAAAAUCAGCUACUUUUUUUGAACUAACAUUUUCCCAUCGAAAACAUUUAACUUGCAUUUUAUUUUGUGAAAAAAAAAAUGUUUAUACCUAUACAAUUUAUAUAAAAAAAGUAUGCUUUUUGUUCUUGAUAACAAGUUAAUAUUGGCAUAAAAAUACGAGUGCUGAUUGUGAAAAAUUGUAUUUAUUUGUGUUUGUAUUAUUAUUAUUAUUAUCAUAGAUUUGUUUUCCUUGUGGUUAACAUAUUUUUAUAUUAAGUUCCUUUAAGCCUAUCUAAUUUAUUAAUAAUUUUUAACAAUGAUCUAUUUAUAUUAAAUUGUAUUUUUUUUUUUUUUUAAUAUUAUAAUUACUUUUUUUUUUACCUAAUAAGCCUGAUACCGCGUUAUUUUUGUGAAGAUCUUUAUAGAACUAUGCGUCAGUUUGUAAGUUUGUUUUUAAAAUUAUUUUGUAGCAUUUUUUUUUUUUUUUUUUUGUAAUUUAUAAGAAGUUAUAUUGUGUAAGUCAUCGGAUUAAGACUGUGUAGAUAUGAUGUACCUACCUAUUUAAAAGAAAAACAAAAUUGACGGAGUUGUUAAAUAUAUAUUGUAUUUGUAAAUAUUAUAA